AUGAACCGUAUCGUAGCAUAUUUACUAAGAUUUUGUUACAAUGCUCAUACAAAGGUGGUUUCUGAACGACGACUGAAGGCUCUAAAUGUAAAUGAAUUAUCCAAUGCUACCAUGGUACUGUUACGAAAAAUGAAGUCCAUGUCAUUUACAUCAGAAGUUGCCGAGCUUAAAGCCAACAGGCUUGUUGGACGCCGUAGUGCAUUGCGUACUUUAAAUCCGUUUCUCGAUCCAGAUGGCCUUUUGCGAGUAGGUGGCCGACUUAUAAAUGCAGAUAUUGCCUACACAAGUAAAUGUCCAAUUGCGUUGCCAGCAAAGAGUACAAUCACACGAUUAAUUUUUGAAUAUGAACAUAAGUGUUUGAUUCACAUUGGUCCUCGAAGAUUGCUAACUAACAUCCACCUUCGCUACUGGCCAAUUCGUGGUCGAGUUAUUGCAAGAUAG